AUGGCCGACGAACUCAAGACCGUUAAGGAUUCCCUAGUGGCGUCUUUAUUUGCCCUAUCUAAGGCUGCCAAUGAGGUCUCUAAGAAUAUCAUUGACCUCAACAACUUGGUUGACACUUCUGUCUCUUCCUCCUCCUCCUCUUCUGCCACCUCGUCUCUUUCCAACUCUCGUAGACUGAAGAAGAAGAAUGAUAUCGAGGCAUAUGACGUUGUCGAAGAUGUCCCUCAUGACGAGUUGUUGGCCCCUCACGUUAUUGAGAAAAAAGUGCGUAAAAGGAAAGCCAUUAAAGAUCCAAAUGCUCCAAAGAAACCAUUGACUUCAUACAUUUUGUUCUUCAACUCUUUACGUUCUCAAGUUGCUGAGAAAAAUACAGGCAUGUCCCAAACGGAAAUUGCAAAGUUAAUCUCGCAACAAUGGAAGGAAAUGCCAGAUGAGGAAAAAGCUUAUUGGAGAGGCCUCUAUGAAAAGGAAAAAGUCCGUUAUGAUUCAGAAAUGUCUAAAUACAAUGCCUCCAAAUUGCCCGAUUUGACCGACAUUGACCAUGGUAACAUCGACAUUGAUGAUAUCAUCAUUCCUGAGUUGGACAUGGAUAACCAUGGAGGUUUAGAUCAAGACGAACCGAAAAAGAAAAAGUCGAAAAAAUCAAAGAAAGUUAAAAAAGACGAGUAG